AACAACACUGAAAAAUGGGAGCCCUGUCCAACUAUUGAUGAGGUCGUAUAGAAGUGUGAAUACACGGCCAUCGAUCUUCUGACCGAGUCGCCUGGUUCAAUUCAAACGAGCUUACAGUUGAUUUUAAAGACGAGAACAAUGAAUGAAGCGGAUUAUCGUCAACGCAACGGCAUCGAGAGUCAGCCUUAUGAACGAAAGCCGCAGAUCAAACCGCAUCAGCUGCAGGAUGCUGAUCUCAACCAAACUACCGAGUUUCAUGCUGAUGUCCAACAGCUGUUGGUGAUUAAAGAAGAGGUUCCCCCAGAAUGGAGCCCCUCUGAUGACCAGUGGUCCCAAGAGCCCCUGCGCAUAAAGGAGGAGCGUGAGGAACUGUGCACCACUCAAACAGCAGAACACUUUAAAGGGCUGGAGGAUGCUGAUACCAGCAGGCUCCCGUUCACUGCUGCUCCUGUGAAGAGUGAAGAUGGUGAAGAGAAACCUAAUUCUUCAGAGCUUUACUGUCAUCAAACAAGUAAACAAAUAAAAACUGAGACUGAUGGAGACGACUGUGGAGGACCAGAAUCAGCCAGAAACCUUGAUACAAAAAGUACUUUACAACCUAAUGAAGUGGAAAAUGAUUCGGACUCCUCUGAGACUGAACUCAGUAACGAUGGUGAUGAAUGGCAGGGACCUUUGUCAGAUUUUAGACCUGGAACUGAAGACAGUGACAAGGACUGGGAGGCAAGCAGGUCACCUGAGUCAGGUGUAAAUUGUCACGUGAGAUGUGACACUACCAAAAAACCCUUUAGCUGCUCUGAGUGUGGAAAAUGUUUUCUCCACAGGCAGUCUCUCCACAGACACAUGAGAAUCCACACUGGAGAGAAACCUUUUUGUUGUGCUGUUUGUGGCGAGAAAUUUAGCAGGAAGACACAUUUUAAGACGCACAUGAGAGUUCACACAGGCGAAAAACCCUUUGAUUGUGGUUUUUGUGGUAAAAGGUUCAGCCAGAAGUCAAAUUUUAAGGAACACUUACGAGUCCACACAGGAGAGACUCCAUUUGGCUGUGAUGCUUGUGGGAAAAGAUUUAGAGUUAAUUUUACUCUUAAAAGACACAUGCGAGUCCACACAGGAGAAAAACCGUUUGUUUGUGUUGACUGUGGCAAAACUUUCAGUUCCAAUACGCACCUUAAGACACACACGAGAGUCCACACGGGAGAGAAACCAUUUAGCUGUGGUGUUUGCGGCGAGAGAUUUGCACAGCAAGGGGUUCUGAAGAGUCACACACGAGUUCACACAGGAGAGAAGCCUUUCGGUUGUGGUCUGUGUGGAAAGAGAUUUAGACAGCAGAAUACUCUCAAGAGACACAUGAGCGUCCACACGGGAGAGAAGCCGUUCUCCUGUGGCGUCUGCGGCGAAAGAUAUACCAGACAGGGAAGUUUGAAGAGACACAUGAGUGUACACACAACUGCAGCUUCAACAACUGAAUCACAUGCCUGUCAUUUUGUGCCUGAACAUCUCGAACCUUUUGGGUUAUAGACACUUGACUUCUGUAGCUGUUUUCUGGCCUUUGAUGGACCGGGUGCCUUUCAGUCUGUCUCACUGAUUUUUGAUCGAAUGUAUAAACACUACAUGACAAUCUGUCUGCUGGCUGUGCUAAAUAUGAAGUACCAAUUCUACUGAACAGUAAUCUAAAGUUUUUAUUACACACUUCUCAUUACUAAUGCAUUAUAAAGUAAUACCGCACAAAACCUAAAAAAAAAAAAAAAAAGGACAUGCAGAAAUGAUUAUUUUUAGUAGAUAUUUUGAAGUAUUUGCCCAAAACAACGAAAAGUAGGUGACUGACAGCCUGUAGAGCACUUCACAGAUGAUGUUCUUGUGACUAGUAUUUCUGAUUUGUAGUUUGCUCUUCAUGUGUAAAAUAUGCUGCUCUGUUGCCAGUAGACCUGUCUGUCUGUGCCUGGUGAUAUGCUGCAAACACUGCCCUCUAUAUGUAAAAGUCCUCGUAGCUAGACUGGGCUGACUUAUUGAUCCUGAUUGCAAAUGUUAGUUAAAUAAAUCCUGAAUAUGCUGAGUUUUUUUCCUCAUAGUGCAGGCCUCUGGAAUUUCAGUCUUGUUGCUUCCUUCACAAUUAACUGUAUUAAAGAUGGAAUAAAAACUGUUUCUUCCAGCUGCUUCCUUAU